UAAUGGUGGGCCCCAGCUCGGACCCGACGAGAUGAAAGGUGGGGUUCUGCGCCCGAGGCGCACCUUCCGUCUGCCGCCCAAAACAACUUCGCAAUGCACUGUUCUCGUCGUACAGCAAGCCCUUGUAUGGAUCACCUUAUUGUUUAGGGCCUGCGACAAGAAUUUCACCACUACUGCCGGGGAGCUCUUGGGCCGGCUAUGACAGCCUUAGAUCAGUUGAAAAUGGGCACACCUCGAGCAGAUGCUCGAACGUUUGCCCCUCCUGGACUUCUCAGGUUACCCCCAUUUUCCAACUUAGCGGUCCAACAAUAGAAACGGCCAGCCUUAUAGCAUGUCGCCCUCGAUAUGGAACCUCAUGAAGCGCACAGGAUCUGAUCAGACGCCACCUCCUUCGCAAAGAACAUCGCCUACCGGCCACACAAAGCUCCAGAAGAUGGCUCCUGGUUUAACUGUCAAGUCGAUUGACUCACGUUCCUCGGGUAGUAGCUUGGAAGUUGCAUCACAAUACUCGUAUACCAAAGAAGAUGACUACUCAAGCUUCAUGAGCGAUGUAGUAGUUGUCGGCGCGGGACCCUCUGGGCUCAUGCUUGCCGAUAAUCUUGUGAGGUACGGCAUCCAAACAAGAAUCAUUGACGACCGACCUGACCGUACCUCGACCGGACGCGCUGAUGGCAUUCAGCCCAAGACAAUCGAGACUCUGCGCCAGAUGCGAAUUGCAGAGCCUCUGUUGCGCAAAGGUGUGAAGAUCUUCGACAUCUCCUUCUGGAAGUCUUCGGCCGAAGAGCCACUGCACCGAACUGGCCGUGAGAUUCAUUACCCUCCUGUAGUUGACCUACUCGACCCAUACAUCCUAUUGGUCCACCAAGGCAUGGUCGAAGCUGUUUUUGAGAGUGACCUCCAAGAGCGGGGUUCGACAGUGCUACGCAACACGGCUUUCGAAAGCCUCGAAUACACACCACAGAUGAUUCGACCAUUGACUGUCACCUGCAAGCAAGGCGUUGGCCAAAUCAAAAAAUCGUUUGCGACUCGAUAUGUCGUUGGCUGUGACGGUGCCCACUCGAAAGUACGAAAGGCCAUUCCCGGAUCGGUACCUGUUGGCUCCUCGUCUGAGGCUGUCUGGGGUGUCUUGGAUGGCGUGCUUGACACAGAUUUCCCAGAUAUCUGGAGCAAGGUCGUUGUCCAGUCAGAGACGCUGGGUUCUGUGUUGAUGAUACCUCGUGAGCGUGGUCUGACACGUCUUUACAUUGAGCUUCGACCAGGCUCAGAAGCGGCGGUAUCUGCAGGCGAACAGACACCCCAAGAGUUCGUGCAGAGUCGUGCACGCGCAAUCCUGCAACCUUAUAGACUGGAAUGGAGGAAUGUCGAAUGGUUCGGGCGUUACAAGAUCGGUCAGAGGGUGGCUUCCAAGUUCACCGAUGCCGAACGAAGAGUGUUCAUCGCGGGAGACGCUAGCCAUACACACUCACCUAAGGCUGCGCAGGGCAUGAACACAUCAAUGCACGACUCUUGGAAUCUGGCAUGGAAGUUGAAUUUUGCUGUCCGUGGUCUUGCAAAGGCCAGUCUGAUGGAGAGUUACGAGCAAGAGCGGAAGAAAAUCGCUCAGGAUCUCAUCGAUUUCGACUAUGAGCAUGCCAAUGCCUUCCACGAAGGUGACCCUGCUGCUCUCGCGGCUAAUUUCACCAAAAACGUUGCAUUCAUCUCUGGGUACGGUGUUAGUUACACACCAAAUGUCUUGAACGUGUUCACCAAGGGCUCCACACGAGGCCAUCUCACACCAGGAUUUUUACUUCCUCCCGCAAAGGUCACGCGCUUUAUUGACUCGAACCCUGUCGACAUUCAAACUGACAUUCCUGCUUUGGGUCAAUUUCGCAUCUACUUCUUCUGUCAUAAUGUACAAAAAGCGACACCUUUCCUUGAGACAGUGUGUCAUCAACAGUCUGGUAUGGGGUCGUACGUCGGCCGAAUCACCGCCGCGGGCAACGCUUCAUACACCAUGCAGCCUCCGCUAGCCGCGCCUCAUGAUCAAUUUGUUCUCCCUGAACGAUAUACUCCUGUCAGCGGCAUCUUCACAUACGCUUUGGUCACUGAUCAGAACCGGGACGACGUCGAGAUCAAGGACUUGCCGCCUGUGCUGCGUGACUCUGCCUGGUCGUUUUACCUUGAUGACGUUCCCCACAAGGAUACCCGUAAGCAGACCGUCAUGGACAAGUGGCUGGAUGGACUUGAUCAAGACGAGGUUGUGGUUCUCAAUGUUCGACCUGAUGGCUACGUGGGUACAGUGCGUAGAUUCAACAGCGGCAGCAGGGACAACGGUAUGGCAGCCGUUUACUGGAUGGAUGACUACUAUGAGGGAUUCAUGAAAGAUCAGUAAUGUUAAUGUAUCACGAGUACAUUUUGGCAGCAUGGUCAUGGCGUUGGUCUGUGGAUUGGGCAACAUAAAGGAUACUCACGGCAGCAUUGAACAUGCUUUCAUGGAUAGAAUACAUUCGAAUAUUUUCUUACA